AUGGUCGAAUCGUCAAGCGACGACAUCCUCAAAGACGCCGACAAAGUAGACGUCGCGUUCCUCGUCGUUGGAGAUCCAUUUGGAGCAACAACACACACUGACCUCGUCCUGCGCGCCCGCGAACUCUCCAUCCCCACUCGCUCGAUCCCCAACGCCAGCAUCCUGACCUCCAUCGGUGCAACCGGCCUGCAGCUCUACAACUUCGGCCAGACCGUGUCGAUGGUCUUCUUCCUCGACAACUGGAAGCCCGCAUCCUUCUACGACCGAAUCAAGGAGAACGUCUCAAUCGGCCUGCACACCCUCGUCUUGCUCGACAUCAAGGUCAAGGAGCAGAGUCUGGAGAACAUGGCGCGCGGACGCAAGAUCUACGAGCCGCCGCGGUACAUGACGGUCGCGCAGUGCGCGCAGCAGAUGCUGGAAGUUGAAGAGGAUGACAAGAAGGAGGGUGUGUACACCAAGGACAGUCUGGCUGUUGGUGUGGCGCGAAUUGGCGCAGAGGACCAGAAAAUCGUCGCGGGGACGCUGGCUCAGCUGUGCGGCGCAGAUCUUGGAAAGCCGCUGCAUAGUCUGGUGCUCCUGGGGAAGAGGACGCAUGAUCUGGAGAGGGACUUCUUGGAGGAGUUUGCGGUGGACAAGGAGAGCUUCAAGGCGGUGUGGAAGCGGGAUUAUGAGGGUAAGGCGUGA